AUGGAGACUUUGCCAAAGCGCGAGCUGGAAUCCUUUGUGGACAAGAGUCGGAUCAGAAGCGACAGCAGCUUCCGACCCAGCGCGGACGGACAGAGCGCGCCGCAGAGGCUGGACCCUUCCAAGAUGCGAAAAUCCUUCGGGCUCCAGGUUUGGUGCCUCACACAACGCGAGUGGCGCAAUUUGAGGCGAGACAGCGCCUCCUUGAAGCUUCGCUUUGUGCUCACAGCCUUUCUGACGAUGCUCUUCUCAUUAGUCUUCAGUUGCGUGGGGCAACAUCCCAUCCUGCAGAAGCUGAGACGAAAAGGCCCCUUGCACACGUUGCUCGUGCAUCCCAGCCUUCGGCGGCUGCAGCGUAUUGUCUAUGCAGAUGAGGUGACACUGCUACAGCAGUUGCAGCAAGAGAUCGAGUAUCACUACAAGGCAGUGGUUCAGGUGGGCUUCACCGCCAUGUUUAGUGCCUCUCAGCCCACGAUUCUCAGUUUUCCUUUGGAACGCCCUGUUUUUCUCAGGGAGUACUCCUCCAACAUGUAUGGCACUUUGGCCUAUUUCUUGUCCAAGAUGUUCGUGGAGGUGCCACUGGGUGCGGCGCAAGCCUUAUUGGCUUUGAGCAUUUCGCAUCACUACAUGAGGUUUCAGGGCGAGUUCUGGGAGAUGUGGGCCACAGUCUGUUUGCUGAAUGCCUGCGCUGUUUCCUUCUCUCUGCUGAUCGGUUGUUUAGUUCGUUUCCCGCGCGAGAGCGGAGCCAUUGGUCCUUUGGUCUUCGUGCCGCAGCUGCUGAUGUCAGGUACCUUCAUCCCGGUGCAGGCGAUUCCACAGUUUCUACGCUGGAUGCAGUACAUCAGCUUCCUCCAGUACGCUGUGAAGCUUUUGGCCAUUGUGGAAUUUCGGAGGACAGACCCCAUGCUUCAGAGGUUGAUCUUCCGGACCAUGGAGGUCGACCCGGAUCUCACGAAGGUCUAUGUGACCACGUUGGUUCUGAUGUGUGUGGGCUUUGCGCUGGUCGCCAUCAAGCUCCUCCACGGAAAGGCGCACAGCGUCUAUUGA